GAUCCAUUCAUAUGCCGCUUUUGUGAUCGACUGGCAGAAAACGAGUCUCUGGUUCAGACAGCAAAACAACUUUUGGAGGCACUAAAAGAUUCUACGACACUCGAGAAUGGCUCUCUCAAUGAUGCUGCAGUUAAGCAUUUCACUCUAGUGUGGAAAACGUGGAGAAAUGAAUAUUUCAGGCUGGCGCUUCAUGAUCUUAUUUGCGAGCGGGAAUCUGUUGUGACCACUGUCAUAGAAGAACUUUCCGAUGGAGUUGAAGAUGAAGAUAUUGGACAACGGAUGUGUCGUAUGAAGAGACAUAAACCUUUCAAACACAUUUUAAAAGCUACCAACCCUCCUGCAACAAUGAUGAAGGGGCUUUUAAUUAUAUUAAUUGGGUAUUGGAGUUACAAAAUGCUGCCUGGGGAGUUAGAUAAUGUACCAGAAGAAAAUAUAGUUGAUAUGGUAGAAGAAAAGGCUGAUGAUGACGAAGAUGAAAACGAUCGGUGGGAUCGUUUUGAG